GAGAGUUCUGAGAAUGCCGAUUGUGUUUUAAGACUUACGAGCCUCGUGGAUGAAAAGAGCCACUUUUCUUAAAUUGCAGGGAACAAACAGAAUAGGAAUUCUUCUAUUACCUCCGGCUACGUGGUAGUGUACAUACUUCGAAUCAAAUCGCGGCACAACGCACGACAGUUGAUCGCUUGCGAUUGAUAGAUUGAUAGAAUUCGAUUGCACAGCUGGGUGAUCAAAGUAUCAGCAUUUUUGUUUUUUUGAUUGCUACGAAAUAUGCAAGGACCUCAACAAAGUGGAGGCGAUGUGAAUCGCGCUGCUGCCCCAGAUCAAUUAGAGGACAAAUCUCGUGGGUGGAACAACAGCAUUUCGCCAGUAAACCUUAUCAAGGAGAAGAGCACGAAUCUGACUGAGACAGUGAAGGAGAAAGCAGCGAUCGCAGCCGACUCGAUAAAGGGAACAGCGGAUGCCGUCAUUGGCGCAGCACGUGAGACUGCAGAUGAAUAUAUGGGCACUCCAAAAGCCAGAGAAGGAGGGGCGGCUCACACAUCUGGAAUAGGACUGGCCGGAGUUUUGAGUGAUUCGACCCCCGAAGUGGGACAUCGUGAACAGAAAAAUACAACAACCGCAGCUGAUGCUAGAAGCUCGUAUGGCUCACUCAAGGAGAAAGCCGAGAAUGCAGCUGGAGAAUUGAAGAAACGUGUAACCGAAGGAGGUCAGGAGAUGGAGGGUAAAGCAUGGGAGAUGAAUGAGUUGGCUAAGGAGAAUCAGAAUUCAGGGAAGACAGUUGAUCCCGCAGCAGAAUUGAUAAACAGAGCUCGUGGGUGGGAUACGAGUUCCUCGUUAGUGGAAUCGAUCAAGGAGAAGGCUUUGCACGCCAGCGAUGUGGUGAAAGAGAAGAGUUUAGCUACUCCUGAGAAAAUCAAGGAAUCAUUCCAGAAUGCCUCCGGAUUAGUGCAAGAAAAAGCAGGCAUUUUUACCGAGUGGGCCGAGGAAACGGCUGGGGCAGCAGUAAAAACAUUGGAAGAUACUGCAACUGCUCUCAAUGAUUCAGCAGCUGAGACUUCACGCGAAGAGAAUCCACGUACUUUCGGUGACUGGGUUAAGGAAACAGCCGGGGCAACAGUGAAAGUAGUCGAGGAUACUUCGAAAGCUCUCAUGGGUUCAACUGAUGACUCUUUUGAAAACGCCGGAAAUUCCCAAUCAGAGAAGCAAACAGCAGGCGAUGUUUCAUCAAGAACGAAGGAGAAAACCUCCAGUACGUUGAAAUCAGCCGAAGAAAGCUUUGGAUCUGUCAAGAAAAUGGGCCAAAGGGGUGAGGAAGUUGCUGAAGAGAAGGCCAGCAGCGUGGUUGAUUCAGCUAAAGACAUCACUGAAACGAUGAAGGAUAAGGCAAGAGCCGGUUUGGAGUCAGCCGAGGAAAUGGUAGACGACGGUGUCAGAAAUGUGAAAGAAAACACAGGAAACAUGGUUGAAUCAGGGAAAGAGGCCUUGAAGGAAGCCAAAGCUAAGGGUGAAGCAGGCGUGGAAUCUACUAAACAAGAGACAGCAGGUAUGUUUAAGUCAGCCGAGGAGGCUUCAGGAAGAGCCAGAGCGAAGGCAGGAGAUGAUGUGAACGUAGUGAAGGAGAAGUCAGGAGAAAUGGUUGAUUCAGCUAAGGGAGCUUUAGAAACAGCCAAGGCAAAGUCAAGUGAUGGUGUGAACGUAGUGAGGGAGAAGUCAGGAGAAAUGGUUGAUUCAGCUAAGGGAGCUUUAGAAACAGCCAAGGCAAAGUCAAGUGAUGGUGUGAACGUAGUGAGGGAGAAGUCAGGAGAAAUGGUUGAUUCAGCUAAGGGAGCUUUAGAAACAGCCAAGGCAAAGUCAAGUGAUGGUGUGAACGUAGUGAGGGAGAAGUCAGGAGAAAUGGUUGAUUCAGCUAAGGGAGCUUUAGAAACAGCCAAGCCAAAGUCAAGUGAUGGUGUGAACGUAGUGAAGGAGAAGUCAGGAGAAAUGGUUGAUUCAGGUAAGGGAGCUUUAGAUUCAGCCAAGGCAAAGUCAAGUGAUAGUGUGAACGUAGUGAGGGAGAAGUCAGGAGAAAUGGUUGAUUCAGCUAAGGGAGCUUUAGAAACAGCCAAGGCAAAGUCAAGUGAUGGUGUGAACGUAGUGAAGGAGAAGUCAGGAGAAAUGGUUGAUUCAGCUAAGGGAGCUUUAGAAACAGCCAAGGCAAAGUCAGGUGAUGGUGUGAACUUUGUGAAAGAGAAAUCCGGAGAGAUGGUAGAGUCAGCAAAGGACUCUACAGAUUCUGCUAAAUCAAAAGUAGGGUCAGCCAUCAAAUCCACGAAGGAAAGGGCAGAAGAUGAUGUUAGUACAGCUAAGGAGAAAGCUGGAAAUGUGGUAAACUCGGCUAAGGACACUGGCGAAUCACUCAAGGAGAGGGCAGAGGAGAAAACGGAAUCGGCUAAAGCAACUGGCGGAGAAAUGCUUGAUUCAGCCAAGGGGGUAGUUCGAUCAGCAUCCGACUCGCUCCAAGAGAAAGCAGCCGAUGGUGUCGAUAUGGUGAAGGAGAAAGCAGGAGACGCACAGCAGACUGCACGAUCUACAUCAGAUUCUGUCAAGGAGAAAGCAGCAGAUGGUUUCGAGGCAGUGAAGGACAAAGCAGGAGAUGCACAGGAGACUGCACGAUCAGCCUCCGACUCUCUCAAGAACAAAGCAGCAGAUGGUGCCGAAGAAGUCAAAGAGAAGGCAACACAUGCGGUGGUCCCAGGCAAGGAGACCAUUCAAUCCUCUAAGGAGAAGACAGAAGGGGUCGCGAAAUCUAUGAAGGACAAGGCAGAUGAAUCUGCAGGAUCCACAAAAGAAGCCAUGGAUUCAGUGAAAAAUUCUGCACCAUCAGCAGGCGAGGAAGCAGAAAAUGCUGUUGACGCUGUCAAGGACCAAAUCCCGUCUGAAUGGGAGCAGCAGGCCAUUAAGUCAACCCCAAAGACCUUCGGGAACACCUCUGAAGUUUCGCAAGAUUCUAUUGACAGAGCUGAUGACAUCUUAGAAACUCUGAGGGGAAGCGGUCGAGGGCUAUCGAAAGUUGAUGAAAACUCCAGGCAAGAGCAUGGAUCGCCUGCCAACAAGACCACCAUGACAGACAUCAAAGACAAGGCACUUGAUGCCAGUCAGUCAGUGAAGGAGACAGCAGGUCAUGCCGGCGACGUUGUGAAGGAAACUGUUGGCGCUGCCUCUGAUUGGGGAAGAAGAAAGAUGGAGAACGUAAGCAAGUCCGCCCAAGAUGACGAGGAACUUUCAGUAGAUUCCAUGAAAGAGAAAGGACGUGAAGUGACAAAUCUCGUGAAGGAAAAAGCGGGAAAUGCUUCCGACAAGGUACAGGAGAAAGCUGCAGCCACAAGCGAGACUGUCAAUGACAAAACGGAAUCAAUGAAAGAAGGGGUGAAGGAAUCAGUCGAGAGAGGAAAGGAGAAAGCCGAAGAGGUGAAGCAGGACGUAAAGGAAUCAGUGCAGGAUGUCAAGGACAGAGUACAAGAUGAAUCAUCGCCUGAUAAUCAUCAUCAUUCCCUUCUAGACUCGAUCAAGGAGAAAGCAGGGAGCGUGACUCAGUGGGCGAAGAAUGUCUCUGGAUUGGGAAGCCGCAAAGUAGACGAAGCCAGUGAUGCUAUGCAGGAGAGAGCAGAAGCAGGAAAGGCAGCUGUAAAAGAUACUGUACACAAACAGGAGGAUGCAGCUACUAAUACGACUAACAGGAAGACAUCUCCAACCGAAUCAGUGAUGAAAACAACUGAGGAGUCGUUCAACACAUUGAAGCAGAAAGCUGGAGAAGAAGCCAAUUUUGUCAAGGAGAAAACAUAUUCUGCUGUGGAGAAAGGAAGGGAGUUGGCACAAGAUACUACAGAGUCGGUGAAGGAAAAGGCUGGAAAUUUCACGGGCUGGGCCAAGAACGCAACGGGGUUAGGAAGCAAAGGAGCACAUGAGAGUGGAGAAUCCGCUCCGGAGAAAAUAGAGCAGUCUAUGCAAGAGAGGGCAGCAGAAGUUAGUGGCUCUGUUAAGGAGAAAGCAAACAGAAUGGUGGCAGAAAUGCGGCCCCCUACCGAUCUAGGUCUGCCCAGUGUGGAUCUUUCUUCCAGAGAAAACGACACCGUCAGCGUCAGUAGUACCACCGACAAGACUGUAGUGAGUAGUAUUCCGAGAGUAGACUCUUUCAGUGACCCCGGUGAAAAAGCAGCACGAUCGUUCAUGUCAAGCCUUAGUGAAGCUCAAGAUGCUUUAUUCUAGAUUACAUUCAGCAGACUGUACCGACUGAGUAGAAAGCUAAUUAAUUAGUUAGACAAUUUUGAGCAUAGGGAACUUGUAGAGUACUUGUUCAUUUUAAUUUACGACAAUUGAGGUCUGCUGU